AUUACACCCUUUGUCUGCCACGCCCGGUCAUCGGGUCGGUUCGGGUCAAAACUUCUCUCGGAUCUCCAAGCUGUUGCUUUGGUUUGGCUGUUUCCAUACCAUUCCAUUCCAUUCCACCUCCGAGUCGACUCAGUACACGCUCGUUCUCUUCUCCAAUCCAAACCAUCGUUGAAUCAUUCCGUCUGCGGGUCGAAUUAGCCCUCUUUGAUUUUCCUUCUGUGGGUCGAAUUAGGUUUUUCCUUUGACUGGGAGAUGCAGAAACUGGGUGAUUUCAAGCUGCCUCCUUUUUUCAAUUACCCGCCGUACUUCACUUUGCAGCCAGUUAGGGAGACCCGGGAGAAGCAAAUACAACUUUGGAAGGAGCUCAUCCUUGAUUACUGUAGAACACAAAAGAUAUUUGUCAUUGGACUUGAAGAAGAAUUCCCUCUGUUCUCAAAUACUGUGAUUGAGAGAUCGCUUACUCAUGAAGCUCGGCAAGCUUUCCUCUCUGCCUUGGUAUCAGAAGGACGUGCUGAAUGGUUGGACAAAGUAAGAAGAAAAUGUCUCAUUCUAUGGCACCGCAUCCAAGACUGGGCUGACAUUAUUGUUAAUUUUGUAAAAGAUAAUGGAUUGGAGGACAGCGUCAUGACUGUUGAGGAAUUACGUUCGGGGACUGAAUCACGGGGAACAGAGCUUCAAGGUUUGGACCGAACUAUUCUCUUGCGAGCUUUGAAGCUGCUUGAGCACAAGGGGAAGCUCGCAAUCUUCAAAGGGACUUCUGCUGAUGAUGAAGGCGUCAAAUUCUCCAUCUAGAUCUAUGGACAAAUUUCUGCAGAGAGGAUGCCUGCAUGUAUUAUUGCCGUUGUAAAUGGUGAUCAGUUUGAUGCCUCUGAAAUUUUUACGUUCUGUUUACCGGAAAACUUUACCUGAAAACUGUCAUGAGUAAUCAAAAGAAUUGCACUUUUGUUAUCGAUUAAAUUCCGAUGCAGUUGCAUA